CGGAGGCUCAGCUGGAAGCGACGGAGCGUCCCUGGGAGAGCAGUUCAGGCCCGGAGGGGGGAGCCAAGGGCUCGCCGGUGCCAGUCGCCGACGGGGCGCGCUCCGGUGCCGCGGCGGGUGGCACAGGCUGGCAGCCAUGGGCUGGGUGCCCGGGCCCCAAGGGGAGGGGGCGACUGCUGGCGACCGCCAGAGGUCCACGUUGUGGGCCCUCCUCCUCCCCCUCGCCUGCCGGCUCCAGCCCCGCCCGUCUCACCCCCGCCCCCCACGCCGAGCCGCGUCCGUUCCCACUGAUCCCGGCAGCGCGACUGCCGGGGGCGCACGACCAGGGCGCAGGGUCCUGUUUCCAGGAAAUUCGAGGCAAGGCAGGAGACGCAGAGGCUGUGAGCCUGUGCUCGGUGUCCCCAUCCGAGCGUCACCCGUGUCUGCAUGUAUCUGAUGCCUCCUUCCCCGCAGCGCGGCUGAGUCCGGGACUCCCUGGGUCUGUAUUUGCUCAUGGUUCCCUGAGGGCACCGAUGCCGUCCGGGAUGCAUUUGUUCCCGCCCUGGGCAAAGAAGUCCGUUCCCCUUCCCAGGCCUCGGUUUUCUCAUUAAGUGGGACUCGCGCGACCGUGUAACCAUUUCUAAGUAGCUGUAUGUGUGUUGAAACAUGAAAACCUUCGUGUCGGCUUCCAGUCGCAGCUUCCAGUCUGUAAACUGGGACUGAGGGGAGAGCUGCUGGGGGGUAUUAGAGGGUGAAGCCUUGGACGGGAAGUACUAUUACACUCUAAUGACACGUGUGCCCUUCUGCAAAAGCCUGUCUGUGCGAUCUGCAUCCUGUCUGCUGCCCUCAGGCUCUGCCUCUGUAAAACGGGAGGACAGAUAGCUUUCUCACGGUUUUUUUUGUUUUUUUUGUUUUUUUUUUUGCGGUGGAUGAAGGAGUGUGUGCUGCGCACAAAGCUCUGCGUGCGGCGAGGCAGCUAGAUUGUGAGGCUCUGGACUCCAGGCUGGCUGUGGGUGGAGGUUGUGAAAUUCGUGGCCUGAACGACUGGGCGAAGCCCUCUCAGGGGCUAAAUUUGGGUUCCUGUGUGUGCCUGUGUCGCUCUGCUCAUGUGUGAAUAUAUUUUCUUGUUUCCCUCAUGGAGUGUGACUGUGUAUUUUUGCCUUAUUUUGUGACUGUGUGUACAUGUCUUGCCAGCGUGUCACUGUAUUCGUGCGUGCGUCCCUGUCUGCUUAUGAUUGAAUCUGCCCCUAGAUAUCCCUCAUUAUACGUACCUUACUAGUGUCCAUUUCCUGCGCGGUUCUGUCACUAUGUCCCCUCGUGAUAUUAUUUGCAUGGCUUUGUGUCAGCCUGUCUCCAUGGCCACCUCCUUUCCAUCCCUAACUCCCUUUGGGCCCCCGGGUUAGUGUGGAGUGGUGGGUAGGGGGUGAGGGCCCCUUUCCCAGGGCUGCGAGGCCCCGCCCCGCCGGGCCGCCUCCGCAGGCCUGAUACUCGCACCCUACCUCUCCGCAGCCUUGGGGCAAGCGGCCCAUGGAGCCGGGGCUGCUGCGGCCGGCGCCGGUGAGCGAGGUCAUCGUCUUGCAUUACAACUACACCGGCAAGCUUCGCGGUGCCCGCUACCAGCCCGGCGCGGGGCUGCGAGCCGACGCCGUCGUGUGCCUGGCGGUGUGUGCCCUCAUCGUGCUCGAGAACUUGGCGGUGCUGUUCGUGCUUGGCCGCCACCCGCGCUUCCACGCGCCCAUGUUCCUGCUCCUGGGCAGCCUCACGCUGUCCGACCUGCUGGCGGGCGCGGCCUAUGCCGCCAACAUCCUGCUGUCGGGGCCUCUCACGCUGCGCCUGUCGCCCGCGCUCUGGUUCGCCCGUGAAGGUGGCGUCUUCGUGGCGCUCGCCGCCUCCGUGCUGAGCCUCCUGGCCAUCGCGCUGGAGCGCCGCCUCACCAUGGCCCGCCGGGGCCCCGCGCCCGCCGCGCGUCGGGGACGCACGCUGGCCAUGGCGGCGGCCGCCUGGGGCGUGUCGCUGCUCCUCGGACUACUGCCGGCGCUCGGCUGGAAUUGCCUGGGCCGGCUGGACACCUGCUCCACGGUCCUGCCGCUCUAUGCCAAGGCCUACGUGCUCUUCUGCGUGCUCGCCUUCCUCGGCAUCCUGGCCACCAUCUGCGCGCUCUACGCGCACAUCUACUGCCAGGUGCGCGCCAACGCGCGGCGCCUGCGGGAGCGCCCUGGGGCUGCUGGGGGCGCGUCCAGCCGGGCACGCCGCACGCCGCGCUCGCUGGCGCUGCUGCGCACGCUCAGCGUGGUGCUCCUGGCCUUCGUGGUGUGUUGGGGCCCCCUCUUCCUGCUGCUCUUGCUCGACGUGGCGUGCCCGGCGCGCGCCUGCCCCGUGCUCUUGCAGGCCGACCCCUUCCUGGGCCUGGCCAUGGCCAACUCGCUUCUGAACCCCAUCAUUUACACGCUCACCAACCGCGACCUGCGCUACGCUCUCCUGCGCCUGGUCUGCUGCGGCCGCCGCCCCUGCCGCAGAGGGCAGGACGCCUCCCAGGGCUCCGGGAGCCCCGCGGGGGCUUCGGGAGGCCUGAACCGCUGGCUGCCCCCUGGCUUGGACGGCAGCUCCAGCCGCUCCGAGCGCUCGUCACCCCAGCGGGACGGGCUGGACACUAGCGGCUCCACUGGCGGCCCUGGGGCGCCCACAGUCGCCCGGACCCUGGUACCCGCACCGGCUGCAGACUGACGCCCUCUGGCCUGCCAUUACCCUAAGAGCUGUUUUGCAGACUUUUUCUUUUUAAAGAAAGGAAUUUGUAGGAAAAGCAGCGAAGAUGGUGGCGGCAGAAGAGGCGAAGGGAAAUGUGUUUUAUUUAUGCUAAACCCCACAGCAGUAAAUGAGGCAGACAAAAAUCGGGGCUCAUGUGGCAUUGACAUUCUGAUGGCGGGCACAGGCAAUAUCAGAGUGAAGAAAUCAUGGAGAUAAUUCCAGCUACAAUACAGUGAUGCGAUGGUGGUCAGGGGAUGCUUCUCUGCAGAAGGGAUGACAUAUGAUGUAAGUUGAGACGUCACCGCCCUGGGAACACUUGAAAGAAGAGCAUUCCAGGGUGAGGGAACAGCAGUGCAAAGGUCCUGAGGCUGGAAGAUGCCUGUGUGUUCUCGGAAAAGCAAAGAUCCCCUUGCUGCUGGAGCAACAAUGGAGGGUGAUGGGGGAGGAAACAAAGGCAGAAAAAUGAUGGGGCAGAGUGGGCAGAGCCUUGUGGGCCCCGUGGAGGACUUUGCUUUUACUCUGAGUGAAGUGGGAGGUGGAGGACGGACUUGAUCUGCUUGAGAUGUUCCCAGAUCUCUGUAAGGGGAAGAUGUCUGCACUGGCUCAAGGUUGGGGCCUCAGACUGUGUGGAUUCUGAAUAGAUUUUGGAGACAGCAGACGGAAUUACUGAGGAAAUGAGUGUGGGUGUGAGAGAAAAAAAGGAAUCAAGGACAGCUCUCCAGUUUAGAGGCGAGGAUGACAAAGACGCAGCACCCUAAACUAAAAUUGGACUGUGGGAGACUCGGCCAAUUCCUAGCUGAAACAAGAUUUCUUUGAGUGUGGUGUCAGAGCCUUCAUUAAAAAAAAUAAUAAAUACAAUAAAAUAAUAAGAACAA